ACUGUUGAUUCCCAUCCAAGGGCAGAAGAGGCGGCCACAGAAACCUCCGUCUUGCACUGUCAAACUUUUAUUUGUUGCAGCAUCUUCUGUCCUCCUGGGAAACCCAGCAGAAACCAGAGUUUGGCCUCCACACGAACAAAAACCCCACCUUUUCUUUCCUCUUCUUCUUGCUCAUUUCCACCUCACUCUCAUCGCCGAUCCGAUCAGGUUUAGGCUUAGGGUUAUGAUAUUUGUUUCUGAUUUGGAGGAGGUUUUCAGUAGCUAUAUAUGCUUCCCAGUAAGAGAACCUGCGGAGCUGUGAUAGAAAAAGACGGUGCCGUGAGAGAAGGAGUGCCGAAGAAGCCAAAGGGAGAGGGUUGCGUGACCUCAUCAUCGUCUGCUGAGGUGGCAACGGAGAACAACCACAGGCCACCGAAAGCGAUGGACUUUUCGGCGGCGAACGGGAAGAUGCAAGUAGAGAUAGAUGAAGAUCUGCACAGCCGGCAGCUCGCUGUCUACGGGAGGGAAACCAUGAGGCGGCUCUUUGCCUCGAACGUUUUGGUCUCUGGUCUCCAAGGCCUGGGCGUGGAGAUAGCAAAAAACCUUGUCCUUGCUGGUGUUAAAUCCAUCACUUUGCAUGAUGAAGGCAAUGUGGAAUUAUGGGAUUUAUCCAGCAAUUUCUAUUUAUCAGAGGAUGAUGUUGGGAAGAAUAGAGCCACAGCCUGCGUUCAAAAACUGCAAGAGCUGAAUAAUGCUGUUAUAAUAUCUGCUUUAACUGGAGUUUUGUCAAAGGAACAGCUUUCAGAUUUUCAGGCCGUCAUCUUUACUGAUAUCAGCUUGGAGAAGGCUAUUGAGUUUGAUGAUUAUUGUCACAAUCACCAACCUUCAAUUGCUUUCAUUAAAUGUGAAAUUCGAGGCCUUUUUGGAAAUGUAUUCUGUGACUUUGGACCAAAAUUUACAGUUGUCGAUGUUGAUGGAGAGGAGCCUCAUACAGGCAUAAUUGCAUCGAUUAGCAAUGACUGCCCUGCAUUUGUGUCUUGUGUUGAUGAUGAGCGGCUGGAAUUUCAGGAUGGCGAUCUUGUUGUAUUUUCUGAAGUGCAAGGAAUGACCGAGUUGAAUGAUGGAAAACCUAGGAAAGUUGCAAGUGCUCGACCAUAUUCUUUUGUCCUUGAAGAAGAUACUACAGGGUUUGGCGCAUACAGCAGAGGAGGUAUUGUGACACAAGUGAAGCAGCCCAAGGUCAUACAAUUCAAGCCUUUAAGAGACGCGUUAAAAGAUCCAGGUGACUUUCUUCUAAGCGAUUUCUCCAAAUUUGAUCGCCCGGCUCUGCUACAUGUGGCGUUUCAAGCUUUGGAUUCAUUUCGACAAGAUUUUGGACACUUCCCUAUGGUUGGGUCAGAAGAAGAUGCUGAGAAACUAAUAGAUUUAGCUUUCAAAAUCAAUGAGAACUUGGGGAAUAUUGGGCAACUAAAAUCCACUGUAGCGGCAGCAGCUGCUGCUGCCAUCAACCCUAGGCUCCAUAUGGAGGCCCUGCAAAAUCGUGCUAGUCCUGAAACAGAAAAUGUGUUUGAUGAUACUUUCUGGGAGAGCUUGGAUGUUGUUAUAAAUGCUUUGGACAACGUAACUGCAAGGAUGUAUAUGGAUGGAAGAUGUUUGUAUUUCCAGAAGCCAUUGCUGGAGUCUGGGACCCUUGGUACCAAAUGUAACACUCAAAUGGUUGUACCACAUUUUACUGAGAAUUAUGGCGCCUCUAGAGACCCGCCAGAAAGACAGGCACCUAUGUGCACAGUUCAUUCUUUUCCCCAUAACAUUGAUCAUUGUUUGACAUGGGCCAGGUCUGAGUUUGAGGGCAUGCUCGAGAAAACCCCUAAUGAGGCUAACAAAUUCUUAACUGAUCCAGGUGAAUAUGUGGGUGCUAUGAAGGCAGCAGGUGAUGCCCAGGCUAGGGAUCUUCUCGAGCGUGUCAUAGAGUGCCUUGACAAGGACAGAUGUGAUACGUUUGAAGAUUGCGUCAGUUGGGCACGACUCAGGUUUGAAGAUUACUUUGCCAAUCGCAUAAAGCAACUAACAUUCACUUUUCCUGAGGAUGCUGUUACCAGCACUGGGUCAUCAUUUUGGUCUGCACCGAAACGUUUCCCCCGACCAUUGCAGUUCUCUACUUGCGAUCCAAGUCAUGUUGACUUCAUCAUGUCUGCUUCUAUAUUGAGAGCAGAGACAUUUGGAAUUCCUAUACCCGAUUGGGCUAAUAACCCAAAGAAGCUGGUUGAUGCGAUCAACAAAGUUGUUGUGACUGAGUUUGAACCCAAGAAGGGAGUUAAAAUUGUUACUGAUGAGAAAGCAACUAACUUGUCAACUGCCUCUACAGAUGACGCUGCUGUCAUUAAUGAGCUUGUUGCAAAGCUGGAAGAAUGUGCAAAGAGACUACCCCCUGGAUACCAUUUGAACCCUAUACAGUUUGAAAAGGAUGAUGAUACAAAUUUCCACAUGGAGUUCAUAGCCGGGCUAGCAAACAUGCGGGCAAGAAACUACGGCAUUCCAGAAGUUGACAAACUGAAAGCCAAGUUCAUUGCCGGGAGGAUCAUUCCCGCCAUCGCCACCUCUACGGCUAUGGCGACCGGUUUGGUGUGCCUCGAGCUUUACAAAGUCAUUGCUGGCGGGCACAAGCUGGAGAACUAUCGCAACACUUUCGCAAAUCUCGCCCUUCCGCUCUUCUCCAUGGCGGAGCCUGUGGCGCCAAAGGUAAUCAAGCAUCAGGAUUUGAGCUGGACGGUGUGGGAUCGCUGGAUCAUCAAAGGUAACAUCACCCUUCGUGAGCUUCUUCAGUGGCUCAAGAACAGGGGACUCAAUGCCUACAGUAUAUCACAUGGAACUUCCCUGCUGUACAACAGCAUGUUCCUGAGGCACAAGGAUAGGCUGGACAGGAAAAUUGUGGAGCUUGCGCAGGAUGUGUCUAAGUUGGAGGUCCCAUCAUAUAGGCGACAUCUGGAUGUUGUUGUUGCUUGUGAGGAUGAUGAAGAUAAUGAUGUUGAUAUCCCACUGAUAUCUAUUUACUUCCGGUAAUUAUCUUUUAUUUUUUUCUUAAUUUUUUGUUGAGUUAGAUGCUUUUUUGCUAUAUAGAGUAAACAUUAAGGUCUUAGAUGCCUCUUAUGCUCGUCAUUUGUGUUAUUUGACAGCUUGAAGUUCUGUCUCUUUUUUAAAAUGAAGUUGAGUCUUGUUUGCCCUGCUUUAAACAUGCUGUAACUGUAGCUUUAUAGUCUUCUUAGCAAUUAUAUAGAA